CGUCUCACAAAAGCAAAGAAAAAAGAGAGAACCAGCAAGAAGCAAGCAACAGAAGAAACGAAGAAUGGCAGCCAUGUUUAUGGCAAGAAACGGUCUCUUCAACUUGACAAAGGCCUUCCCCUCUCCUUCUCUUCCUCUCUUCCACUCUUCGACGCCUCACAAAGUCUCCAGAGUCUGCUUCACCUCCGCUUCUAAACCAUCUGAGGCACAUAACGCAGCCGAAGAAGCCAGAGACAAGGCUUCAAACAUGUCGGAGAAGGCAAAAGACAAGGCUUCAAAUGCAUCAGAUAAGGCGAAAGACACAGCUUCAAGCAUGUCGGAGAAGGCGAAAGACUCUAUGAGAGAAGCCGGUGAGAAGGCUUCCGACAUGUCUGAGAGGGCUAAAGAAUCGAUGAAGUCCACCAAGGACAAAGCAAAGGAGAAUGCAGAGAUGGUAAAGGAGAAGACCAGCUCAGCAACGCAGUCGAUGACUAAGAAGACCAAGGAAGGCACGAACCAUGCCACUGAGACCGCCCAGAACCUCGGCGAGAAGACGAAGCAGACGGUGCAAGAUGCAUGGGGAGUGGCGAAGGAGAAGACGCAGAAGAUAAAGGAGACAGUGGUGGGGAAGUCAGAGGAGACGAAGGAUUCAGCAGAAGACGAGCUGGAAAAGGCGAGGAAGCGAUCGGUGUCUGAGAAGGAAGGUUGAGAUGUAGAUUUUGAUUGUGUUUUGCAGGAAUGCGUUUGUUAUCUUUAAGAUUCUGCUUCUUGUUUUACAGAUAGGAUAUGGAGUGGAAUUGGAUGAUGAAGUUGAAUUUGA